GUUUUAAAAACUUUGAUGACAAUAUGUCCUGGAACAGUGUUAUUAGUUUUUAUGGUAUCGCUUUGGAUAAUUGCGUCGUGGACACUUCGACAGUGUGAAAGGUUUCACGACGAAGAACACGCAAAUCUAUUAAAUGCUAUGUGGUUGAUUGCGAUAACCUUUUUGAGUGUUGGUUUCGGCGAUAUAGUCCCAAAUACAUAUUGCGGAAGAGGAAUUGCAGUUAGUACUGGAAUUAUGGUAACUAAAACUCACAAGCUCUCAUAUCGUAAUAAUAUUACAAUUAAAAAACCAAAAUUGGAAAAGCGAGAAUAUUUAAUAUCAUGCCUAAUGCUAGCAAGAUUGCCUUCUACCUCAACU